UCGACCCGCCCGCCACUCAGUAAAGAUCUCGGUAAGGAAUUUGCUGACACAUUACUCAUCCUCGCUUAGUAAGCAAGCACGGAAACGUUACCGGCUCUUUCCAAAACGUGGAGUUUAAUUGUCAAAAGAAGCCAGAAUUUGGUAAAAUAUUGAAAAAACGAAGAAAAAGGAUGACAUUAACAGAUAUUAACGAGAAUACAGAGCAGACAAGAAAUAUGGCGAAAACAGGUUUUGCAUUCAAAGAAGCCUUACAACAGGCAGUGAAAGAAGGAAGAACAACCAUUGGUGGUUAUGAGUGUGCCAAACAAAUGCAAGGGAAGGCGGACAGAUUUGUGUACUGUGUAUUCCCUGAGCAGUCCACUGAUGAUGCUAUGAUGAGCAUAGAAAGAAUAUUAUUGGAGGCAUACUGUCGGGAACAUCGCAUACGGAUCGUGAGGGUCAACAAUUCAAAAAACCUUGGAAAGAUGAUUUGCAAAUUAUCGAACAAACGUUACAACCGUGAAAACGACUAUAACUGUGUGUUAGUGGAGAAAUCAAGGAACAAUAUAAGUUCGGACGAGGUGUUGUUUAUGGAUAGUCACAGACAGGCGAUGAAGGUGGAUCCUUGGCAUGUCACCGAGAUCCCCUGUAAAUUCUACGUUGAGGUCACGACUAUAUGUGUAUCAGCCAAUGAGAUUCGUUGUUGCUGGGGGAAUUCCCACCGCACCAGACAACACCAAGCUCGUGACUGUGUUCUGCAUUCUUCACUCCGAUUGCGAUCUGAGCGGACGUAUCUUGAAUUGCCGAAGCUAGAAUUCAUAUAUUGUGGCAAAAGACAGUUAUUUUCCUAUCGUUUUCAAAGAAUGACUUUACCGGACGAAUACCCAGAGGAUACUGGGGCCCUGAGUGAACAGGUUCUGCAUGAAGUAAGUCGGUCACUGGAAAAGUUACUACAGGACGCUCAUGUUGACCUUAGACUGACCACUGGUGUUUAUAACUGUGCUGAAAUGUUACAAAGGUGCCCAGAUCAGGUAAUGCUAUGCGUCCUACCCGAUUCCGGACCGGGCCACGACGUCACAAUUGACAUAGAGCACACGCUUAUAGAAGCUCACUGUUGGGAGAAUGACGUCACAGUUCUGAAGGUCGGUAACGCCCAUGCUUUGAACAAAGUGCUACAAAGUGAUGUAUCCUUGAGAGAGAGGAAGAAGACCUCACGACAACAGCCACAUGACGCUGAUUUUUCCUGUCUCCUUGUUAAGUACCCAAAGGAAGUCAAAGAAGAAUGUGAGUGGCUGACCAUCGAGCGAUUUUGCAACUGGUGCUUGAAGCAUGACGUAGUACAAUACAUUGAUAUCCAUACACCAGAUUGACAGUUGUCAUCAACCCUGUAAAUAACAGAGGGCUUUCCUAGAGUCAUCAUCUUUAUGAAAUCAGACAUCACGGCGAUGACACACUGGACACCAGAUCUAGGUCAUUGUGGUCAAGCGGCACUCCGGCCAGGAUAGACAUCGUACCAGACGAAGCUAUAUGUGCCCCAGGAAGUAUUACGUCAUGGCCUUGUCAUGCUUCGUUGGAACACGAAGCAGAACUCCUCGACAGUUAUGAUGUCAAUGCAGCGGCAAAGAAUACGUGAAUACGAAGAUAUCGUGGAACAUAAAGUUGAACUCCAUAGCAACUGCUAAAAACUGCUAUGUCAUAGCAAAGUGUUUACUUAUGUGAUGCAAGACUUCGUGAUAAAGUAAAGUAAAAAUGUCGGAAGUUUACACUUUAUACUAAAAGAUGUGCGGUCUUUAAGUUGGUGACAUUUUACUUCUCUGAAAUUCGGCUGCUUAUAUGCCAGUGUAUUGUUAUAUUAUUCAGAGGUAUAAUAUUCUUACUAGUAAUGUAUAAGAUAUAAGUGCGAAGUCCUCUUGCUUGAAAAGUAUAUCAAAUUAUGACAUUAAAAAGAUUUACAUGCAUGCUAACGUGUGUUAUUCAGAUGUAAUAUACAUGUAUUUUCAAUAAAUGUAUAAUCAUUCAUA